GCAGUCGUUUGCGGAAGUGAAAUGAGUGCAGCCGAGCACCAGCGAUGAGCUCGAGUAACUGUGUAAUAUUCCUAUAAAAAUUGUGUACAUAUUCUAAAAAGAGCACUAAAACAGUUAAGUAGUUCAUAAAAAUAAAUGCAAAAAACGGCGAGCAAACAAACUCAACAAGGCAGUUAAUUCAGACGAUUGUGAAAACAGCUAAAACAACAAAACUGCUGUAGCUACAGCAAUAAAGCAAGACAAUUUUCAACAACAAAUAUGGCAGCUUAACGCCGCUGACAUUUGUUUAUCAGCAACAAAAGGUGCUCAUUUGCAUGUUUAAGCGAAGUGACUGCCAAGCUAUUUUUGUAAAGCUUCUUCCACGCUUUGUUUUGCUAAUUCUGUGAGUGCAUGAAAAUUGAAGGAUAAAUUAGCAGCCGCGUAACUAUGAUAAAUUUAAAUAUUUAAGUGCUGCUAAUAAGCCUAAAACAUGUACAAGUAAAGCAAGUAAAUUUAGCGCAAUUCGUGCAAGGCGCGCGCGCUUCGAUUUCGAGCAGCGGUAGGCGCGCGCACACUCGCUUACGGGUGACCCAUCGGUUGUGCGCCCAGCGUCUGGCACAUUACGACCGCCAAAAGCCCUGCGCUUCGCCGCCCCCCUCCAGCGGCGCUGCAGCAAUGACAGUAGCUCACAAACAGCUCUAAAAAGCUCAGUUCAAUUCACAGCCGCACGCUUGAAUUCAGUACAGCUCAGCUAUGCUUGGUGCGCGCUCUACCCGUGUGCGUUUGAAAUUCAUUCGCGCUUGUCAAACGGGCAGUUAGUUGUUGGCUUAUCGCGUAGUUACAAGAAAAAAUACAGUACGGCGUGAAGGGUUUUGAACUACUGACAUACUAAAAAGUGAGUUGAAACAAUAUCCGAUUUCGUGGCUAAAAACAAACAAAGUGGAGUAAGAAUUGCUCAACGCUGGGCGUGCCGCCGCGGUCUUCCCAAUCAGCUCCACGCGCGUGUCAAUGUUCUCACCGUGCAAAGCGUCGUGGUGUCGCCUCGCCGUUUGGCUCGCAGCCGGUGGAAUUAUCUUGCUGGUGGUUUUGGUGCUCGUCGUCUUAGCCAUCUUCGGCAGCCAUCCAUGCGCUGGCGCGCUGGAGAAUUGCGACGAGUUCAGAGCCAUUUGUGCCUCGUAUAACGGCGAUCAUCAGUUCUUCUACAGCCAUUGUGAUAUGUUGCGCGAGAAUUGCUUGACUGGCAGCGAUUGGCAGCGAGAUCACUACAAUCAUUGCAAUGUGAAUGUUUAGUCACCGCCACUGCUUUAAGUUCCACGAAUGUCAAUUAAGUUAUGUAGAAGAAGUUAUGUUAGUAAUUUAAAGAAAUCAAUUAAAACCGCUUACCCUUGUGCUCAUCCCAAAGA